AUGGUGAGCAUGGAGGAGACAGAGGAGGAAUUCCGGGAAGAGACGUUCUUGCAUCGUCCAGUUGGCGAUGGCCAGAAAAAGGAGCCGGAUCCGUCUGGAUACUACGCCGCUCUUGGGGUGCCACAGAAUGCCUCGCAGAGUUCCAUUCGCCGGUCCUUUUUGUAUUUGAGUCAGGCGUACCACACCGACAAGCACGGCGGGGAAUCAAGGGAGAUUCAACAGCUAAUGAAUGAGCGCUUUCAGCAGCUGCAGGAGGCAUACAUGAUACUCUCGGACGAGAAACAGCGGGCUGCAUAUGAUGCGGUGGGAUCAAAGGGUGUAAACAUGGUGUCACUUCUUCCAGAGAAUAUUACACUUUCCAAGGACGUUGCUCGCUACGUGACGAUGUUGGAGAAGGAGCAGGAGGUGCUUCAGCUGGAAAAUAUGCUCUCGACAAACUCCAUGCUUAAACUUUCCUACUCCAUCGCUCAGUUGUUUAUCCCGAACGUUGCGAAUGAUGCAUCUUUACCGUCACCGUCUCCACCUCCACGUCCUCAUCCUUCUUUGAAGGAGAAGGAAGACGGUAAAGAAGAAUCCGCCCCAACGAACAUGUCGACAACAGAGGCAGCAAGAGAGAGAGACGAGGAGGGAGGUGGGGACGAAAAGAAUGUUGAUCGAUCGGGUGCGUCUAGUGGGACGAAAGCCCCUACUAAAAAUUCUCAGAUGUCUAUGCAAAACACACAAAUGCAGGUCCAACUGGUCAAACUGGACGGGGAAGAACGACUCGUCUUGGUGCCUUCCCCCGAGUUAGAGGGAAUGUUGCGGCAGAGGAUGGGUGCGUUGGGUCACACCGCCUCUCACGUACCAUCUGUUUCGCGACCUCCUUCGUCCGCUACUCUUAUGCAAAAGUUGUUUCUGGCAGCCUUGCCACAAGCAAUAUUUUUUCGUAACUCCUUUAAGCACGAGCUGAAACCGAACCUUAAUAUGCAGUUUUUAACAAUUGCAAGCCAUCAGGGCUCCAGAAUGCAUGUAGGCUGUGGAGGAAAACUGAGCUAUGUACCGGAUGCUAUCCACGGGUACGAAGCCUCUUGCCAAGUGUCUUUGAAGGGAAUGAGACUAAAAUUUUCACGUUUUCGUGAACUGAACGCCCUGUGGUCACUUAAAACAAAGUUACUCUUUCUCAAUGCCUGGAGUUUACUGGAGCGGUAUGAGGUAUCCCUCUAUCGAAAACUCUCCCGUGUAUGGUCAUUGGAGAACACCUUGAUUAUGUCUCUCACAGAGAAUGGUGUUUUAAAAACCAGCGUCUUUCGUUUUGCGGAUGGGCUAAAUAAAAGUUUUUCUGUCUCUAUGGGGUAUGGGGUUCUGGCGUUUGUUUUGUACAACGGAUCAUUCAUCACAAGUAACGAUAAAAAGAAGGAGGAAACUGGGAAGGAGAAGCGGGGAUUUAUCUCCCAGACCGUCUCAUUGUUGCCUUUGAGCGGAUUCGGUCGAAUUGGUUUUGAGGCAUGGUACAAUACUAGCGAGUGGCAAUCGAUUGGCAUUGGAUUUGCAACCGACCUAUCUUUAUCCAUCCUUCCUAUUGGUUACAAGACGCGUAACAGCAGGGGGAGGGCGACGAAUACUAUCUCUUUCCUUUACACGCGGAAACAACAUCGCAUUGAAAUUCCAGUUGCGGCGUUUAUUUCUUCCGAGUUUCGGUGGGUGCUAUUGUGGUUGAUGACGCCGUGGGUGUGUUAUCGUGCGGCACGAGUAGCUUGGCACCCAUUCCAGCGCUCGAGGCUAGCAACGAUUUAUCGUCAGCGCCGUUUGGAGCACAGGACGGAAAUGGACUUGGCGCGUGUGCGUGCUAUGCACGAGCAGAAGGCGGUGGAAGUUCUUUCCUUACGAAAUCGUUUAGCGGAAGAGAAAAUUGGUGGACUUGUUAUCAUCAAUGCGAAAUAUGGUGUACUGAAUCCUCGUUACCCAGAGUCACUUUGUUCGCCGGUGAAAAACGGUGCGGCGAAUGCGUCACAACGGUUGCCGUGGUGGCGACGGUGGCGAACGAAGCUGACAGCGUCACUAGCGGGGUCUGUCGCUAAGAGUAAAGAAAUUAUCACUGAAGAAGAUGCCGUUGCAUCAUCUGUUCUGGUGCUAGACGUUACAGUUCCGCUUCAGAACUUUGUUCGGGACUCGCAGCUUGUGUUACCUGAGGGUUCGAAAAGCAAACUUGUGGGGUUCACUGACCCCGAUCCUUUCACAGAGGAGGAAAAAGAACUUAAAAUUGUGUACUGGUUUCAGCAUAGGCGCCACGUUGUGACUUUAACGGAUAGUGAGCCGGUGGAGCUGCCACGGCGAGAACAUUUGAUGGAAUCAUAG